GCUGUAGCGGCUGGCGAUGCUUGGGUGUUUCUUGGUUUACUUCCUCUGCGGGAGCUGGUCUGUGACAGCCCUUUCCUGUCAGGUGUUGGGGUUUUCAAUUGUGGGUUCCCAAAACUGCUCAGCCGACUGCCUCUCCCGGCCAGGGCCAGACCCUGGAGCCCCACGGCCGCAGGCGUUCGAAGCCCACGUGCUCAGGGGCGGGCACGUUGCCGUGCGGCUCACACGAGUGCUAAGCCAACCCCCAGACUCACACCCGGACGGCUGGCGGCUCCUAGUCCUCCGCACCGGGCCCGGGUGCCGGACGAAGGCCACCCCGACCCUGCCGGCUGCAGGUGGCAGCCACUGGCCGUGACCGGGAGCGAGCCGCCCUCCGGGCUGGGUGCAGAAAAGAUGUCCCAGCCGACCUCCACAGACGAGGGGGCCACGUUCGAGCAUCUCUGGAGCUCCCUGGAACCAGACAGCACCUACUUUGACCUUCCCCAGUCCAGCCAAGGAAACAACGAGGUGGUGGGCGGCCCAGAGGCUGGCAUGGACGUCUACCACCUGCAGGGCAUGACCACGCCUGUCCUGUACUCCCCGCUGCUGAAGAAGCUCUACUGCCAGAUCGCCAAGACCUGCCCCAUCCAGAUCAAGGUGUCCAGCCCGCCGCCCCCGGGCACCAUCAUCCGCGCCAUGCCCGUCUACAAGAAGGCGGAGCACGUGACCGAGGUCGUGAAGCGCUGCCCCAACCAUGAGCUCGGACGGGACUUCAACGAGGGACAGUCUGCUCCGGCCAGCCACCUCAUCCGCGUGGAAGGCAACAGCCUCUCCCAGUACGUGGACGACCCCGUCACGGGCAGACAGAGCGUCAUGGUUCCUUACGAGCCCCCGCAGGUGGGGACAGAAUUCACGACCAUCUUGUACAACUUCAUGUGCAACAGCAGCUGUGUGGGGGGCAUGAACCGGCGGCCCAUCCUCAUCAUCAUCACGCUGGAGACCCGGGAUGGACAGGUGCUGGGCCGCCGGUCCUUCGAGGGCCGCAUCUGCGCCUGUCCUGGCCGAGACCGCAAGGCUGACGAGGACCACUUCCGGGAGCAGCAGGCCCUGAGCGAGAGCGCUGCCAAGAACGGCGCCGCCGGCAAGCGCGCCUUCAAACAGAGCCCCCCUGCCGUCCCUGCCCUGGGCCCCAACGUGAAGAAGAGGAGGCAGGGGGACGAGGACGUGUACUACAUGCACGUGCGGGGCCGGGAGAACUUCGAGAUCCUGAUGAAGGUUAAAGAGAGCCUGGAGCUGAUGGAGCUGGUGCCGCAGCAGCUGGUGGACGCGUACCGGCAGCAGCAGCAGCAGCUCCUGCAGCGGCCGAGCCACCUGCAGCCGGCGCCCUACGGGCCUGUCCUGUCACCCAUGAGCAAAGCGCACGGGGGCGUCAACAAGCUGCCCUCCGUCAACCAGCUGGUGGGCCAGCCGCCCCCGCACGGCUCAGCGGCCGGACCCAACCUGGGGCCCAUGGGCCCUGGGAUCCUCACCAACCACGGCCACACCCUGCCGGCCGGCGGCGAGAUGAACGGCAGCCACAGUGCCCAGUCCAUGGUCUCGGGGUCCCACUGCACCCCACCACCCCCCUACCACGCUGACCCCAGUCUGGUCAGCUUCCUGACGGGACUGGGGUGUCCGAACUGCAUCGAAUACUUCACGUCACAGGGCCUGCAGAGCGUCUACCACCUGCAGAACCUCACCGUUGAGGACCUCGGUGCCCUGAAGAUCCCGGACCAGUACCGCAUGACCAUCUGGAGGGGCCUGCAGGACCUGAAGCAGAGCCACGACUGCGGCGCCCAGCAGCUGAUCCGCUCCAGCAGCAAUGCCUCCACCAUCUCCAUCGGCAGCUCCGGGGAGCUGCAGAGGCAGCGGGUCAUGGAGGCCGUGCACUUCCGCGUGCGCCACACCAUCACCAUCCCCAACCGCGGGGGCCCGGGCGGGGGCGCAGGGCCAGAUGAGUGGGCCGACUUUGGCUUUGACCUCCCAGACUGCAAGUCCCGAAAACAGUCCAUCAAAGAGGAGUUCACGGAGAGCGAGAUUCACUGAGGAGCAGAGCUCCGCAGGAGAGCGGGCGCCGAGGGCACAGUGCAGGGCGGGCGGUGGCCCUGGCCUGGACUGCCCGGGAAGCCUGGCUUGGUCUCCUCUUGCUUUUGUCCAAGACCGCCUGUGGAGGCGGGGCCCGCAGGAAAAGGCGAGGCCCACCUCGCAGCACCCUGGACAGCGGGCGUGAUGUGCCAGGGCCGGGACCUGUGCUCUGGGUGCUCCCGAAGGCCGGCGUCACCCACCAUGGGCCUCGUCCUCCUUAGGGCUCCGCGGCUUCCCAGCGGGAUCCUUCAGGACACGAGGAUCGCCUCUGCUGACGGACUGCCAAAGUAUUUUUCGAUGUCUUUUGAGUGGCUCCAGGAUUGUAUCUAAAACGUGUUUAUUUUGGGUCGAUGCUUCAGACCCUGUCUCUGCCCGAGGCUGGGCCCUCUGCCGGACUGGAGGGUCCCAGGGGCCAGUGCGUUUGCCACGGUCCCUCCCGGGAGGCAAGGACCCUUCUGGUCAGUGGCCACCAGCCAACACCCACGCCAACACCACUGGCCACAGCCGCCUCCCUUCGGCGGACAGCAUGCUCGUCGGACUACUGGAAAUUGUCCAUAUUUGAUAAAAUGAUUCUCUUUGUACUUGGUGGGUCAGCUUUCAUUUUAUUUUUUGCUUUCAUCCUUAAUAUUCCCUGCAAAGUUCACCCUACAUUCCUGGCUCCCCAGGUCUGUACAAACAAGCUGUGCUAGAACAGAGAGCAAGCCAGGCGAGGGUAGCUUCUCGCUCCGACGCUGGACGGGGCGGUGGGGCGGUGGAGGGGUGGGCUGGGUCCACCUGCCGUGUGGCUGCGAAGCUCUCCACAUGGGACAGCUCCGCUCUGUUGGCCGCCCUGGCAAACGGGGGGCAGGGCAGUGGGUCACCUUUCUCAGGGCCGCGGGGAGAACCGUUCCCAGGCGGAGGGAGCAGUCGGCAGGAAGGUGCACCCGUUGUGGGGCUCGAGGAAGCCCCGAUUGGGGAGGGCCCUCCUGUCCUCCUAGGGGUGGUCCUGAGGCAGGCAGUGGGGCUGUAGGCCUUCACAAGGACCCCCGGGGGCAGCAGACUGGGGGCUGGGGGCGGUGUGGGGCCAUUUUCAUUUGCAAGGAACCUCAUGAGCCUUUGUAGCCAGCACAGGAUAGACCGAGCACCGUGUCUGCGGAAGGACAUGCGGCCACAGAGAUGCCGCCUUGUUCCAGCAGGCAGGAGAAAAGCCAGUGUGUGGCUGUUCCCAAGCUCAGCCGCCCCUGCCGCGCCUGCAGAACAUGGGUGAGCCCCUCCUUCCGCGGGUCCCCGCCGACGCCCCACGGUGGCAGGCAAGCCUCCAGGCCGGGGAAAGUGGACACGCAGCCCUCGCUCCCUUUAGGUGUGUUCUUGCUGCCCUGAGCCCCGCGGGAGGCGCCUUUCUCUUCAGGCCGCGUGUUCACGGGCGUCCGGGAUUCCAGCUCCGUCCCGCUCCGCACGGGACCAGGAGUGGUGGGAAAGCGCCAGCUCCCCUCUCUCGGGUCUGCCCUGGGAGGAGGGGGUGUGUUCCUUGCUGCGUGGUGGUUCAGAGCCCGGCCAGCAGGGGAAGGGAGCCCCAGAAGAGAACCCGGGCCAGCCCCACCCCGAGCCCACCCUGGGGGCCACCUCCAGACCAGGACUUCGCCUUGGAAAGCCGUGUCCGUUCCUGUGGCCAGUCUACACUGACCAAAAGCAUCGUUUGUGCGGAUGUGAGCGGCUGCGUCUGGGGUGAUGCCGUCCACCCCCGCCCCGCACCGUGCCCUCGAGAGACCAGCUUCCAGGGCUGUCCGCGCACCAGGAGGCUCUGACCCUCAGCCGGGGCCAACCAGGGCAACAGAACCUGCUUGUUCCAACGUGCAGCAGACUCUGCUCCCUAGCCCAGGGGUGCCCUGUGCACAUGGGGCUCUGCCGUCUCCCCAGGGCGGUGUGCACUGCACUAGAGGACCACGGUCACGGGCCGCGGACUCAGGGCUGCUGGGGGCUGUGUGCGGCUGCCCCUGCCACCGCUUUCUCAUGUCAUGCCUCCCCACAACCGCGAGACCGGGAAAGAAAUACACUGUCGUGCUCUUGCCUUGGGCGUCAAGGCUGGGCUGGGGUCUGGCAAGUGCUCCUGUGGCCACACCCUGGGGCUCCCCAGCGGUGCCCCCUUGUUCCACCAACCCGCUGGGGUCGGUCUGCAAACCUGGCUGGAACCCGGCUGGAGGGGGCAGGCCCAGGGCUCCGCUGGCUUUGUCUCCGAGGCGCUCCUGUGGGCCCAAGUCCGGCAGGAAAUGCCAUAGGGGCGCCACCGGGCGCCCAGGAAAGGGCUGGUGUGCGGCAGGCGGAGCCCGAACAUCACGAGGGGAGGGAGGAGGUCAUCCUCCCGCGGAGCCCCAGGCCGCACACGCCGUCCGUGCUGCCGAGUGAGCACCUUUGGGGGCACAAGGCACGAGAAUCAGUUGAGUAAGAAUCGGGCCUACCGAGGAGACGGUGCCAACGGUCGGGAGCAAUACCGCGCGGGUCUGAAACUCCGGGUCUGCAGAACUCGAAGACCAAGAAUAAGCCUUGACGGGGGGGUUUCCAGGGGCGAAGGGGCAGGAGGGACACUCUGGCUGGGAAGUGGCCUGGAGAGGGAGGUGGGCCGCGCGCCCACACGGACUCUGGCCGGCCUGGGCUCGGGCCAGAGAGCACGCUGUGGCCGGGGGGCCUGCGCCCCUCACGGCUCCCCCAGGCUUGGCUACGUGUGAAGUUCGUCGCCAGGGCUGGGGCACAGGGGAGCGGUCAUUUCCAUGGCCCAGGCCCCCCGCAUGCAUGGAUCAGGGACAGGUCUCAAAUGCAGACGGCCACCUCUCUGUUUCCAUAGGGUAAAGCACUUUAAUGCUCUAAGGUUACAAAA